GUGAAAGGCGCGCAGAAGGCCAAGCAGGCCAAGCAAGAGGCAGAUGGAGCCGCAGGUCCUGAGUCGGAUGGGUGCUUGGGGGAAAAGCACAUGUUCCAGACCUUCAACCUGCAAGAGCUUGGUGUGCCAGCUCAAGCCAUCGAAGUAUUGUGCAAGACCCGGGCUUUUGUGGUGAAGCGUGUUGGUGGGCAUGUCGAAGGUCAGACCAGCAAGGGCCAGGUGUCGUGGAGCAAGUUUCCCACUGUCCAGGCUGCGUGGGAAGCAGCAAAACUCCGUGCCAAUUUUGGUGGAUAG